AGUCCCAGGAGGACGACAGGACAUGCCCUUCCUCCAUCCUGAGACGAAGCCCAAGGGGGCGCCGCGGCCAGGGGACCGAGCCACAGAGGACCUCGAGGCAUGUGCGGUUCCACGAGCCCCUGGAGGUGGCUGUCCACUGCAUAACCCUAAUAAAACCUGGGCCUGUGGGGUCGGCCUGGACAGAGUGACAGUCAACCGACAGCAGCUGACAGGAAAAAACGUAACCAGAGCAGCCCCAGACCUUCCUAACGCCGGCCGCUCUCCCUUCCAGCUCUCGAAGCUUCUCAGGGCCCCUCAGCCCCUCCCACCCCCUCCGCCUUCACCACCCCUUCCCAAGCUCUCCCAACCCCAGCGUCCUGGUGCCCCCUCCCCCAGAGCCCCCUCACCACCACCUGCCCUCCCCUCCCCUGGGCCACCUCAUUCCUGCUCCCACCCUGCCCAUGGGGCACAGCCCCUGUAUCAGCUAGCCAUGCUGUAUAACAAACCACCACAAACUUAGCUUCCAAACACCCACAUUAUUCUCUCAGCAAUCCCAGGGGUCAGGCAUCUGGGCACGGUUGUCCCUGGUCCUCUGCUCAGGGUCUCAUAAGGCUGCCAUCCAGGUGUGGGCCAGGGCUGGGCCUCAUCUGAGGCUCAGGGCCCCGUUCCAAGCUCCUGGGGCUAUUUGCAGAAUUCAUGUCCUUGCAGCUGUGGAACUCAUGCAGCACCGCCUUCGAGGCCAGUGGCCAACUGGCUCUGACCUUCAGACGCUCUUUUUCAAAGAGCUCGCCUGAUUAGGUCAGGCCCACCUGAGAUGAUCUCCCUCUCGAUGGACUCAAAGUUGACUGCUCAGCAAUUUUCAUUAUGGCUACAGAGUCCUUCCCCUUUGCCAUAUUCUGUUGGGUAGAAGCGAGUCACAGGUGCCCCCUCCCCCACUAGGGGGAGAGGACCACACAAAGGAGAGCAUGGUGUGGGGCAGAACUGUGGGGGCAUCUCAGGUUCUCUCUGCCAUGGCCCCCCAAGAGAGGCGCUUCCCAAGUCCUCCCGAGUUGUGGAUGCACCUCACGGCCCUGAUCCGCGGCAGCAUCUCCCUGGAUGGCCCGUCAUGACUGUCGGGUCCAGGCGCCAGCUCCUCUCGCGGCAGCCGGUGCCUCCUGCAGCCUCCUCACCUGCUCCUCCUUCCCCAGGAUUCAGCCCCCGCCCCGCCCCCAGCAUGUCUCAGCACCCGCCCGCCCCCCCCCCAGGAGCUUCCCAACAGCCCUGGUCACAGAGGUCUGCAGAUGGAGGACCAGGCACCAGUCGGGCAGGGGGAGGUCUGGGGUCCCCCAGUGAGCUGUGCAGGUGGGACGGGACUGGUGGACCCUCCCCGAGUGCCAGCCCCCUCGCCUCUGGACCCACGACCCCUACGGUCCCCUCCCCGCAGGCUGCCUGUGGGGUCACCAUGCCCCAGGCUCCCACAGGCUCUGAGAGCAGCGUCUGGGGCCCCGCAUUCUGGCAGGCUGAACCCCAAGCAGCGAGGUGGGGUCAGAACACUGGGUGGCCCCGAGCAGACUGGCCGACUGGGGGAGGUGUGGACGGCCCAGCCCGGUCAGGACCCUGUGGGAGCUGUGUGUGACACGGCCCCAGCUCAGGGUCCUUUGGGUGGGCAGGUUGAGAUGAGGAGCUCUGGGUGGCACCUGGCAGGCUGCGGCCGUGUGCCCCCCCAGCGGGGAGCCCCCGCUGCCCAAGUCCACUCUCAGUUCUCCUUCCCAGACAUCGCCAGCAGGGAGCCCACCGUCACCACCAAGGCGUCCAGCCGGCCCCGGCCCCGAGGCAGCUCCCUGCUCCUGCGACUGUCCGUGUGUGUGCUGCUGCUGCUGGUGCUCGGCCUGUAUUGCAGCCGGGUCAAGCCCAUCGCGCUGGCCCUUGAGGACCUCCGCGCCCGGCUCCUCGUCCUCAUCCUGCGCCUGCGGCACGUGGCCGUCACCUGCUACCGCUGCCUCCUGCGGCUCUGACGGCGGCCGCAGCUGCUCACCCCCACCCUGGGCCCUGGGCAGGAAGGCUGGGCUGGGAGGAGAGCCAUCGGGGGGAGCCCUCAUGAACCCGGGGACUAAGAGGGGCUGCAGACGGGGCCGACGGGGGAGGGGGCCCAGGAGAUCAGACACGGGCUGCAGCAGCCCACUCACUCAGGCGGCCUCUCCUGUUUCUCACGUGGGGUUCACUGCGAAGUUUUAUUAGAAAAAGGAUUCCACUGCUAAAAAUCGAGACCCGCAUGCUCUAGCCCCCAGGCCGGCCCUUGAGACCCCUCCCUCAUCCUGCGGGAACCGUCGGGGCCCUUGGCCUGGCCUGGAUGAGGCCAUGUGGAGCCCCGUGAAGACUGGGACACCCUGCCCCCUAUCUGUGGGACCUCGGAGAAGGUGAAACCAGCCCUUUGCUGCUCAGGGCCUGCGGGGCGGGGACCUCGAAACCCCUUCGGGAGAGACGGGUCUGGUUGUUGGAGUGGGGGCACUGCCUCCUGCAGGCCCCUCCUGAGGCUGCAUGCAGGGUGGCCCCGAUGCCCCCACCUUGUUGGUGGUGUUGGGCGCCAUCCUCUGAGCCCAGGUCUGACACCCACACUGAGCCCCAAGGCCUGAGGGUCCUCUCAUGCCUGGGGGAAAGUGUCCAGCCCCGCUCCCCAUGGCCGUCCCGCCGACAGCAAAGGGCCGAGAGGCGAGGUCGCUCUGCGUGGACCCCAACACCUUCAGAACACAGGCAUCCGGGCCUGGAUCCGAGCCCGCACCACACACCUGUGGGGCCCGGGUGUAGACACGGCGCCCUCACAGCAGGGCCAAGGGGAGCCACGUAGUGACAACCUCCAGGCGCCCCUCCAGACCUGCCUAGAGUGGUGAGGCCUGAACAAAACAGACACCAGAAGGGACUGCCGGGAGAGACGCCACGCGCCCGGGACAACCUUCAGACUGGCAUCCAUGGGCGACAAACAACGUGCUGCCCUUUUGGGGGGCUGUACUCUAAGCCUCUGUCCCCACUACUUAUGCGGGGAGACACGGAUUUCCUAUUAAAACACGCUGCCACCUCUUUCACUCUGGGACUUUUACCCAAAGGAGAGAAAUGGGGACCCAUUUGCUGUAGAAUUCACUUCAGUAGCUAAAGCAGAGAUGGGACACUGGGGGAGCCCCCUCUGUGGGCCUCAGGGGCCAGGGCAGCAGUCUCCAGCCUCCCUUUCAGCUUCAGAACUCGGGGAGCCCAGCGGAGAGGCGCCCAUUUCCAGGAGCAAUGGCCUAGAGGGGGCCACGGGGGGUGGUCUAGGGCCCAGCCCUCAGGGACCCUCCAGCAUCAGUUACCACCACCCCUGCACCGGCCCGGCCCCCCAAGCCUGUCUCAUCUGACCGACCCCUUAAAGAGGGCAGGUUAUCGCCCCAUAUUCCAGACAGGGCUUGGAGAGGUCAGGUGCCGGAGCCCACAGGGCCAGCACAGGCCUCAGACUCAGCCCCCUCCAGCCCUGGUCCUGUCUGCGGGACACAGCCUGGAAAGGGCUGGACACCCCGGGCCUGCAGGGGGAGACGAGGCGGCCCCCCAACAGCCUGCUGCUCUCAGGCAAGGGCUGUUUAACUUCAGAGGCAGGCUGGGCUCUGGGGGUCUGCAAGACUAUGACCCCCACUGCUUUGGGGAAGAUAUUGCUCAAGACGCCACCAUAAGCCCGAGACAUCCGAAACUUGAAACCCCUCCUCAACCUGGGGAAGCCGCGAUGGGAAUGGUGAGAGUGGAAGCCGCCAGAAAACACGCAGAAGGCCAAGUCCUGAGGCCCCAGGAACAGAGGGCAGCUCUGAAAUCCUAGAGCCGAGCUGGGGACGGAGGAGGGCAGGCAAAGACAAACGCACCUGAGUCGUCCUGGCCGCAGCAGAGGCACAGGUGUUUUUGGUUUUAUUUUGACUUUGAGAAAUAGACACAUUUAGGUUUAAGGAUCUUUACUUUCAGUUCAGCCAGAAGUAGAAUUAAAACAAGGAUGUCGGUCAUCAAACAGCA